UGGUGCGGCCUCGCCCAAUGGGCUCGCAGACUGCAGGGGUCGCCGCGGUUCCCGCCAAAUACGAGCGCGGCGGCCGUGGCAGCAGUGGCGCGGGAGGGAGGGCGAGCAGCAGCGGCCGCUGGAGCGGAGCCCGCGCCCCCGACGCCCGAGAGGAGCUUGAGCUGCCGCCGGAGCGAUGCUGGAGGAACCGGAGUGCGGGGUGCCGGGUGCCAGGGGAGCGGCCGCAGCCAUGGAUUGCAAAGACAGACCAGCUUUUCCGGUUAAGAAGUUGAUACAAGCCCGUCUGCCGUUCAAGCGCCUAAAUCUUGUCCCCAAGGAGAAAUUCGAAGAUGGGUCAGAAGACAUUGGAAGCUCCCAGAGUGUUUCUGUGGAAGGGAAAGUCCCCGAUUUAGAAACAUCUUUGGACAACUUGGAGAACAACUGUCAUAUGGGUUCUGACCUAGACUUCAGACCCAAACUUGUCAAUGGGAAGGGUCCCUUAGAUAACCUCAUAAGAAAUAGAAUCAAAACCAGCAUUGGCCAGAACAUGGUCAUUGUUGAUUUGACGGAAGACUCCAGCGACCAGCCAGACAGUACUGUGGACCAGGAUGAAUUUAAUCCCGAAGCCUCCCUCUCAAGGGAGCCUGCCAGUGGGAUUGGAGAAGGCCCAGGUCAGGGGCUAUCAGGGAUCAUUCCCAGCCAUGGUCUGGUGAUGUUUCCUGCAGAAACCCUUUCAGACAUUCCUUGUAAAUCAGAAGAGGAGCCUGUUGGCUUUGAAGCCCUGAAGAGGAAUGGCAGCUCUCAGGAAGGUGCCCCUCAAAGCUGCUCAGAGCCAACAGGGGGCCCAAGAAUGUGCCCCCAGAAGGAGCAGGACAGUUGGAGCGAAGCCGGAGGCAUCCUGUUCAGAGGGAAAGUUCCUGUGGUGGUCUUGCAGGAUAUCUUGGCAGUGGAGCCUCCUCAAGCCAAGCCUCUCGGGACACCCCUGGACAAGAGCAUGGCCUCAGAGAAUGAGGCGCUAGAAUCCUGCCCUGAGGAAGACUCUGCCCUUAGCCACUCACCCCUGAGCUCCUCGUCCACCAGCUCACCCGAGGGGCAAUUGGCUCCUGGAAGACAGCAUCAUGGUCCCAGCCCCUCUUCUACCUCCACGCCUCUCCACAGAAUAACCAAGAAAUUCGUCAAAGGGUCCACAGAGAAGAACAGGAUGAGACUGCAAAGAGAGAAAGAGCAGUGGAGGGAAGAGAAGGAGAAGCUGAAAGAAGAGGCCCGGCGGGCCAAGGAGGAGGCCAGGAGGAAGAAGGAGGAGGAGAAGGAGCUGAAGGAGAAGGAGCGGCGCGAGAAGCGGGAGAAGGACGAGAAGGAGAGGGCGGAAAAGCAGCGGCUCAAGCAGGAGAGGCGCAAGGAGCGGCAGGAGGCUCUCGAGGCUAAACUCGAGGAGAAGAGGAAAAAGGAGGAGGAGAAACGGUUACGGGAAGAAGAAAAGCGCAUUAAGGCAGAGAAGGCUGAGAUCACGAGGUUCUUUCAGAAGCCAAAGACUCCGCAGGCCCCCAAGACCCUGGCUGGCUCCUGUGGAAAGUUUGCCCCCUUUGAAAUUAAAGAGCACAUGGUCCUUGCCCCCCGCUGUCGGGCUACCUUCAACCAAGACCGCUGCCAUCAGCUGGACCAGCUCCUCCAGCAGCAGAGUGGAGAUAGCUCCUUCUUGAAAGAGCUAAAAGGCCGCCAGCCCCUCAGGUCCGGACCCACCAGGCUCUGCAGCCGGGACACAGAUGUUUUCAACAGUGACAUGGUGAUCGUGGGCAGCAGCAAGGUGGCUGGCAUUCCUGAGCGGAGGAAGUUUGGCCGGAUGAAGCUCCUGCAAUUUUCUGAGAAUCACCGGCCAGCGUACUGGGGGACGUGGAAUAAGAAGACAGUGGUCAUCCACCCGCGGAACCCUUGGGCCCAGGACAAGGCGCUGCUCGACUAUGAGGUAGACAGCGAUGACGAGUGGGAAGAGGAGGAGCCUGGGGAGUCCCUGUCCCACAGUGAAGGGGACGAUGAUGAUGAGGUUGGAGAGGAUGAAGAUGAGGAUGAUGGCUUCUUCGUGCCCCAUGGAUACCUGUCUGAGGACGAAGGCGUGACUGAGGAGUGCACGGACCCCGAGAACUACAAGGUGCGUCAGAAGCUGAAGGCCAAGGAGUGGGACGAGUACUUGGCCAAGGGGAAGCGGUUCCGUGUCCUCCAGCCUGUGAUGAUUGGCUGCGUGUGGGCGGCCGACAGGGACAGCUGCUCGGUCGCCGAGCUGAAGGUGCUGCAGCAGUUCACAGCCUGCCUUCUGGAUACGGCGCCCUCAGAAGAGGAGCAGGCGCCCAGGGCCUCCAAGAAGGAGAGGAGGGACCAGCAGAUCCUGGCCCAGCUGCUCCCGCUGCUACAUGGCAAUGUAAACGGGAGCAAGGUGAUCAUCCGGGAGUUCCAGGAGCACUGCCGACGAGGACUGCUCAGCAGUGACGUGGGCGGCCCCCCAAGCCCUGCCUCCCGCCCGCAGACUCCCACUGCCACCAGCGAGGAUGCCGCUGUGCCCUCCAAGGCCAGGCUGAAACGGAUUAUUUCUGAGAACUCGGUGUAUGAGAAGAGGCCGGACUUCAGGAUGUGCUGGUACGUCCACCCGCAGGUGCUGAAGAGCUUCGACCAAGAGCACCUCCCCGUGCCGUGCCAGUGGAGCUACGUCACCAUGGUGCCCUCGGCCCCCAGGGAGGACAGUGGCAGCGCCCCUGCUGCGGGGCCCAGCCAGGGACCGCCCGUCCCGCUGAAGAGGAAGGCUGCGGGGAGCAUGUGCAUCACGCAGUUCAUGAAGAAGCGCCGGCAUGACGGGCAGGUUGGAGCCGGGGAUGUGGAUGGCUUCCAGGCAGACACAGAGGAGGAGGAGGAGGAGGAGGAGGACGGCGACUGCAUGAUCAUGGAUAUCCCGGAUGUUGGGGAGGCCCAGGACCCGUGUGGAACCACUUCCGGAGCCGAGGAAGUAGUGAGAAUGGACGUUAGCGAGAACCCACUGCCUGCCAGCCCACUCUGUGCCUCCUGAGCAUCCCAACGGCCUGGCUGGCUGGGGCUUGUGUAGGGCGGUCAGGGGCCUCCAUAUGACGGAUACUUGAGCGGACUACCGACUCCUGUGUACAGAGCACUUUGUCCUGCUUUGCAGACCUCCCGGGUCUGAAGGGUCUGUACAGGAUGCCUGAUUAGUUCUUGACGUUUGUAAAAAUUGUCCCAAAAAGUUGCGUAUUAAUCUGCCUUUGAAUAAAGCAUUAUGAGAGGCGAUGACAUGCAGGUGCGUGCCUGCCCCUCAAGCUCCAGAGCAGGGCCGGGGCUCGAUGCUUGUAAACGAACUCAAGCACCAGAGGCACCCGUGGCCCAGCAGCGCGGGCACCUGGACUGUGUGGACGUGUAUAAACUAUUCUCUACCCUGA